AGUUAGAAAUGUCCCCGGCAAUUAUUAAAUGGGCCGAAAAUGUGGAUAGUUCCACGUUGGUUAAACCACCACAUUGAAUCGGCCUUAUGGAGGGAAAAGCGGCCACAUGAAAACGACACCGUUCCCUCUCCGACACCCUCGACCGCAUCGCCUCCUCUCUCACGACUUCAUUCUUAUCGCCCACUUCUCCCUACUAAUUCUUCCCUCGGAUUCACAUCUACCACUGCAAUUUCUUUCCGCUCAUUUAUUGUUUACUUUUGUUGGUGAACCAACAAUCAUCAAUGGCGUCUUUUAGCGUCCCUUGCCCGAAGGUUUCGCCUCUGCUGCCCGCUUCAUCUCAGCCGGCUCAAAGACGGCACUGUGUUGCUUCCUUUCCUCGAUCUGAUUCCAGAUCAACUCCUGCACUGACAACAACAACUCAGUUUCAGGGAUGUAGCCGCAGCCAAUCAGAUGCCUUUAAGGUCUGUGCUCAGCUUAGUCAGGUUGUGGUCGAAAAAGUUUCAAAUGCUACCCCAGCUCUAGAGAGAGUGCCUAUUCUAGAAUCUGAAAAGCCAGAUGAAGUUCCUGAUGCAUCUUCUGUUUCAACUUUUAUGAACCAAGUGUCAGAUCUUGUCAAGCUUGUAGAUUCAAAAGAUAUUGUGGAGUUGCAGCUUAAACAAUUGGAUUGUGAAAUUCUUAUCCGGAAAAAGGAAGCACUGCCGCAGCCAUCAAUUCCAGCUCCUGUUUACUUUACGCCACCUCCUACAUACCAGUCUGAACUAUCACCAAGCACUCCUGCUCCAGCAUCUGUGGCCUCUAGACCGUCAUCUCCCACUUCAGCACCUGCACCAACAAAAUCAAAAUCAUCAUGUCCCCCAUUUAAAUGCCCAAUGGCUGGAAACUUCUACCGUUCUCCAGCUCCUGGUGCACCACCUUUUGUGAAGGUUGGGGAUAAGGUGCAAAAGGGACAGGUAAUAUGCAUUAUUGAGGCUAUGAAACUGAUGAAUGAUAUUGAGGCUGAUCACUCUGGCACCGUAGUUGAGAUUCUUGUAGAUGACGGAAAACCAGUCAGCUUAGAUAUGCCUUUAUUUAUAAUCGAGCCAUGAGUAACCAAGUUCGUCUCUGAUGAAGAACAACCGUUAAAAUUCUGAAGUAAGAGAUUUAUUUGCCUUGAAAAAAUUGCCAUGUGAAAUUAGGACAAUGUUUGUUUUUACUGUAAUGAUGUUUAGGGACAUGUUUAGUGAUUAUGGUGCUAAUUUUAAACUUCAAAAUAAUACUACAUAUUUUUGUAUACACCACAUGGAUGCGUAUUUAAAAUUGAUUUGAAUGCUCAAUUAAGUUGACAUUUUUUGUUACAA